AUGCCCGAGAGUGCCCGCACCACGCGCCGACGCACGCGCAGCAGCCAGGCCGUCUUCAAGCCGCGGCGCUCCCACCGCAAGUCGCGCAACGGGUGCGCCGAGUGCCGGCGGCGCCACAUCCGCUGCGACAAGAACCGGCCCGUGUGCCUGCACUGCGGCACGGGCGAGCGCGCCUGCGAGUACCCGACAGCAGCGGACGACUCGGACGGCCAUGUCUCGGGGCCUGCUGCGACGAGCCCCUCGGAUACUGCCACGGCGGGACCAACAACUCCCGCCGACGAACGCCCGGCCGCCGCGCCCGACGACGUCUUCUCCGCCACGGACCUCGUCAUCUUCCACCACGCGCAGACGGCCAUGCAGCACGUCGGCCUCGGCCGCAAGGGCCAGUUCCACAAGGUCCUCGCGCUGGGGAUGCGGCACCGCGCGCGCGCCCCGUACCUGCUCGACCAGCUCCUCGCGCUCGCCUGCGUGCACCUGUCGUUCCACCUGCACCAGUACACGACGCCGACACCGCCCGCCGCGUCCGUAUACGCCGGCCUCACCGCCUCCGGCCUGCGCCACCACGCCACCGCGCGGCAGACGCGCGCCGUCGCCGCCUUCAACGCGCACGUGCGCCAGGUCUCGGGCGACGUCGACGUCAACAGCGCGCGCUUCCUCUUCGCCGGCGUGCUCAGCCUGCAGUGCCUGGCCGAGACGCUCAGCGUGCUGCGCGCGGCGCCCACCGCCGACCAGCACCCGCUCGGCUUUGGCGACUUUGUCGACAGCGUCGUGGCGUGCUUCCAGCUGCACGCCGGGGUGCGCGUGGCCACGGGCGGCACGCUGCGCGAGUUCCUGCCGCAGUCGGCCGAGCUGCGCGACAUUAUGGACUUUCUGCACGUUGCGGACGCGGGCGACGAUGACUGGAACGCGCAGCCGCGCGGGCGCGAGUGCGCCUCGCUGCUGGCGCUGCUCGCGCGCGGCGAGUCGGACAUGGGCUGGUCGUUUGACAUGUGCCACGGGCUGGCGGUGCACGACGGGCCGCACGCGGCGUCGGCGUUUGCGGUCACGGCGCCGGCGGGGUAUGUUGAGGCCCUGCGGCGGCGCGCACCAGAGGCGCUCGUCAUCUUGGCGUACUAUGGCGUGCUGCUGCACCGCUGCCGCGAGUGCUGGAUCUUUGGCGACGCCGGCGCGCGCAUGGUCCGGGCUGUGGCUGACCAUGUCGGGGCGAGACGUGCGGAAGCUGACGAGGCUUUUUCAGGAGGCGGGAAUGCAAAUGGGAUAACUGAGAAGCUGGCUGCUGGUGUCGCGGGCGGUGUAUACACGCGGCACGGCACGCACACAGCCGCUGUCUGGGAACGCGCGGUUUCCCCCGCCGCGAGGUAA